GUCGGGUUAUCUUUCAUAGCACCAGCUGGACUCCGACCCACGGCAGAGGCCGGGACACCCGAGCGGCCGGAAAGCCCCGGGCCGAGGGAGCAUCAGCUUUCUUCUUUCCAACCCAUUUCCGUCCACUCCCAGCCGGACUAGGGGGCAGGGGCAGAUGGGUGCGCCCAGGAGUUUGUAAAACACACGCUGCGGUCCUCCCGCUCCGUUCGUCCCGCAGCAAGCCGGCGCGUUCCGAUCCCCGGAGGCUGUGCAGGAGGCCCGGCUGGGGGUGGCCAGCCGCCAGCAGGGCCCCGAACACGCCCGGCACACGGAGGCCGGGCCGACGGCGACGCCCACUCGGGCGCGCGAACCGGGAAAUGGAGGCGGACUGAGUCCUCUCGCUUUCCGUAGCCGCCCACGUCUCCCGGGAUCCCGGACGACGCGCCGCGGCUGAUAAACAGCCGGGUGCGUGGAGCGCCGGCCACGCCUGUCCUGGGGGCAAGUUCCUCCAUUUCAAUCUGGGAAGUCUUUAAAUGAAACGUGCUUUAAAACCUUAGAUCAUACAUAGGAUAGAGACUGCAAUCAACGAUAAGGUGGAAAAGAAUGAUGUUGUCCUUAAACAGUGUGCAGAAUGUCAUCUAUAACCCGGUCAUCCCCUAUGUCGGGACGAUUCCUGAGCAGCUGGAGCCUGGAACCUUGAUUGUGAUCCGUGGGCAUGUUCCUUGUGACUCGGACAGAUUCCAGGUGGACCUGCAGUGCGGCAGCAGCGUGAAGCCCCGCGCCGACGUGGCCUUUCAUUUCAAUCCACGCUUCAAGAGGUCCAACUGCAUCGUCUGCAAUACUCUGAAAAAUGAAAAAUGGGGCUGGGAAGAGAUCACCUACGACACGCCUUUCAAAAAGGAAAAAUCUUUUGAAAUUGUGAUUAUGGUGUUGAAAGACAAAUUCCAGGUGGCUGUAAAUGGGAAACAUAUCCUGCUCUAUGCCCACAGGAUUAGCCCAGAGAAGAUAGACACUCUGGGCAUUUAUGGCAAAGUGAAUAUCCACUCAGUUGGUUUUAACUUCAGCUCGGAUUUAAGAAGUACCCAGACGUCUACUCUGGAACUGACAGAGAUAAGUAAAGAAAAUGUACAAAAGUCUGGCACAUCACAGUUUCCUAGUAAUAGAGAAGGAGACAUUUGUAAAAUCAUACCCAGAACUGUCUACACCGAGAGCAAAGGUUCGGCUGCCAAUCACAGUUUGACUUGCGCCAAAAUACUACCUACCAUCUGUUUGUCAAAGACUCUGCCAUUCGUUGCAAGGUUGAACACCUCGAUGGGCCCUGGACGAACUGUUGUGGUUAAAGGAGAAGUGAAUACAAAUGCCAAAGGCUUUAAUGUUGACUUAAUAUCAGGAAAAUCCAAGGAUAUUGCUCUCCACUUGAACCCACGCCUGAAUAUUAAAGCAUUUGUAAGAAACUCUUUUCUUCAGGAGUCCUGGGGAGAAGAAGAGAGAAAUAUUACCUGUUUCCCAUUUAGCCCUGGGAUGUACUUCGAGAUGAUAAUUUACUGUGACGUUAGAGAAUUCAAGGUUGCCGUAAAUGGUGUGCACAGCCUGGAGUACAAGCACAGAUUUAAAGAGCUUAGCAAUAUUGACACGCUGGAAAUCGACGGAGAUAUUCACUUACUGGAAGUCAGAAGUUGGUAGCUGACAUGCUUGCUACAAAAACAAAUACAAAAUGGCUUAUGUACCACUGGCCUUGUUAAAGUGCAUCUCACUAUCAUUAUAUUGUUUUUAUAUAUUGUUAAAAUGAGCUUGCAUAACAAAGUCCUCCGAGGUGUUCUGAGUCUUGCCAUGCGCUGUGGCUCUGUCUAGCCAGAGAGUAAGGAAAUUCAAGGCAACAGCAACUUAUAGCCGUUUCUGUUCUCUCCCCCACCCCGGCCUCCAUUUUUAAUGUGAUUCAGAUUCAACAAGUAUCUAGUAAUACAGUAGCUAACACAUGUUGAGUACUUAUUUUCUGCCAGUGCUGCACCAGAAGCUGGGGAUCUGUGUAUACAGUGGAACAUAAUACCGCUGUUCCCUGUUCUCUUGAGCUCAGAAUUUUCUGGGCUGUCAUCGUGCCACCGUUUUUUCUGUAGGCAUUACCUGUAUGCAGUAGCCAGAGACUGCAAAGAAUUACUCGGUUAUUAAGUCACUUAGACAUUAAAUUUCCAAGACACUAUUCCUAUUCCAGUGAUUGCUUCCAUAACCAGAGUUCGAUCAUAUCCCAUAACUGAAGGAAUUGAUGUUGUCCUUACAUCUGGCAGUUUUCUUUAACAUGAUUGAUAAAUAUCUAGCUCUAUGAGCUGUAAGCAUUGCCAAAUAAUAAACAUGAUGAAAUCUGGACACCGCACAAAGAUGAAGUCAAAAAACAGUGAAACAAAAACAAAUGGCAUGAAAAUUAACUUGAUGUCAAUCUCAAGGCCCCGUAUGUCUGUACCAGUAAAUGCUUACAGCCCUCGCACUUUGGGGGAAUCAGAGGUCUACACACACUCGAGUAUAAAGUUUAAGAUAGAUGAUUGUGAUUUGUAAACUGUUAAUGGGUGUAACAAAGCAACUGUCAAGAUUAGAUUUCAUGACUGUUCAUAAAAUACACCGAGACCAAUGGGGUAGAGAGUGGCAGUAUAGAAAUCUGUGGCUUGUGGGCACGCCAACCCCUGCCCUCACUGCGCUUCUGAAGAGUAGUCCCUCGUCAAUCACAAGCGAGAGCAAAACAUUGUUCUACUUUAAGUGAUUAAAAACAAACCUGUAUCAGCAAGUUAAA